AUUUGCAAACUUAAACAUGAAACAUGGUUUCUACCUCAAACUAUUCCUUUCCAGAAAGUCUUUCUUUAAUGAAAACAUACCCUUUAAUUUAGGAUUAAGCUUUCUUCUAUAAUGGCCUUUUGUAAAUCUUAUUAAUCUUUAUUCCAUCUUGCUAUGUAAAUUCGUACCCUUUUCUUCAAACUCCUUUCAUCUUGUUCUUCAACAUGUCUUCUCCACUAUCAAUGAACUCCACCAUAGCAAAGUUUCGAACCAAACUUUCUUCAAUAUCUCAAGGAGAUGUUUGCAAAGUUUUGGCAUUCUUAGGACUAACCUUGUUUAUGAUCUAUGUUUUCAUCUUUUCACCUCCAAACUACCAACCAUCUGAUCUUCUUACAACCCUCAAACAAAAAUUUCCAAUAAUCAACACUUCUCCAUUGUCAACAUCUCUGUCGCUCACCGAUCCUCCAACUAAUGCCUCCCACAUUAUGUUCAGCAUCGUUGGGUCAAUGAACACAUGGAAGUACAAGAGAUAUUAUAGCGAGUCAUGGUGGCGACCCAAUGUAACUCGUGGCCAUGUCUUCUUGGAUCGAUCACCUUCUGCCGAGUUCCUUCCAUGGUCGGAUUCCUCUGCUCCAUUUCGAGUCAACGAAGAUAUCAGAGGCUUUGCAGUGUACCCAAGAAUCAAAUGGCCAGAUCAGGUGAGGAUUUUUCGAACGGUGAUGGAGUCAUUUAGAGAAGGUGACAAAGACACGAGAUGGUUCGUAAUGACAGAUGACGAUACAAUAAUAUUUGUAGAUAAUUUAGUGAAGACAUUAGGAAAGUAUGAUCACAAGAAACAUUGGUACAUUGGGAUGAACUCAGAGUGUGUGAAGUCAAACUUCGAUUUCUCCUUUGAUAUGGCUUUUGGAGGAGCUGGUUAUGCUUUGAGUUACCCACUUGCUGCUUUGGUAGCAAAAAGGUUGGAUGGUUGCAUUGAGAGAUAUCCCCAUUUAAGGGUUAGUGAUCAAAUGUUGUUCUUCUGUUUGUCUGAUUUGGGAUUCACUAUUACUCAUGAAAUCGGGUUUCAUCAGAUUGAUCUACGAGGUGAUGCAUCAGGUUAUCUAUCAUACCAUCCACAAACCCCCCUCCUCUCCCUCCAUCACAUAGACCUAAUCAAUCCCAUCUAUCCAAACAUGGACCGUCCCGCGGCGAUCAGACAUUUGAUGAAAGCGGGAGCGGUCGACCAGUCCCGACUACUUCAACAAACGAUAUGCUACCACCGUCCCUUAAAUUGGACAUUUUCAAUGUCAUGGGGUUACUCAGCCCACAUCUAUGAGGCCAUAAUGUCUAGAAAUUAUUUGAAGAGACCAUUGGAGACAUUUGCACCAUUUGAAAGAACUCAUGCUCCCGUUUUCAUGUUCAACACAAGGUGGGGAGUUCUUGAUAACCCAUGUGAAGCUCCUCAUGUGUUGUUUUUUGAGUCCAUUGAAAGAGAUGGAGAAGAUAGGAUUGUUACUACUUAUUUGAGGAAAUGGGCACGUAACCUCCCUUCUUGUGCUUCUUCUGGCAACCACUCUGCUGAAUCCAUUUCCAAGAUUAGGGUUUUUUCUUCUGCCAAGAUCCCUUUAGAGGCAGGAGGAGCAGAGUGUUGUGAUGUAAGAAUGUUGGACGCCAAUGUUACUGAAGUGAAUUAUAGACCUUGUUAUAGUGGGGAAGUCAUGGCUUAAAUCCUUUAUAUAUAUGUGUGUGUGUGCGUGUAUGGCCUCUCUUUCUUUUGUUGGCUAUGAGAGUUUUAACUUUAGCAAAGAUAUUGUUUCAAAUUUAGAUGGCAAAAACUGAGUAUUAUUUUACCAAACUGUUUUGAUAUAGUCAAUAAUAAUUAAGUUCAAUUUAUAAUAAUUAUAGUGGAAAUUCAACAAACAUAUUUUUGACUCAA